GGAAGUAGCUUCUAUUUUUAUUCUGUCUGUCUGCUCCGGUAUGUGAGAAAGACUUGUAGGGGAAGAGGUGAGCAGACCGUAGACGUGUGGGAUCGAUUAAAAGACUGGGUGGCACAGAGCUUUUGAAGACCGACACCGUACACAAAAGCCAGGCUAUUCUGCUGGAUUUGGAAACGUUUCUGUAACGGUGACCGUUUAUUUGAGCUGAUAGAGGAUGUCUGGACAGAGCAUUACAGACAGGAUAACCGCCGCUCAGCACAGUGUCACCGGGUCGGCGAUUUCCAAAACUGUGUGCAAGGCGACCACACAUGAAAUAAUGGGCCCAAAAAAGAAACAUUUGGAUUACUUGAUUCAGUGCACAAAUGAGAUGAAUGUGAACAUCCCUCAGCUGGCUGACACACUGUUUGAGAGGACCACCAACACCAGCUGGGUGGUUGUCUUCAAGUCCCUCACCGCCACACACCAUCUGAUGGUCUACGGCAAUGAGAGAUUUAUACAGUAUCUGGCUUCAAGGAACACACUAUUCAACCUCAGCAAUUUUUUGGAUAAAAGUGGCCUACAAGGCUAUGACAUGUCAACGUUCAUCAGGAGGUAUAGCCGCUACCUGAAUGAGAAGGCUGUGUCCUACAGACAAGUUGCUUUUGAUUUCACUAAAGUGAAAAGAGGGUCUGAUGGAGUGAUGAGAACCAUGAACACAGAGAAGCUCCUGAAGACCAUCCCUAUCAUCCAAAACCAGAUGGAUGUGUUACUUGAUUUCAAUGUCAAUGCCAACGAACUGACAAACGGUGUGAUCAACGCAGCCUUCAUGCUUCUGUUCAAAGAUGCCAUCCGACUGUUCGCAGCCUACAAUGAGGGCAUCAUCAACCUCCUGGAGAAAUACUUUGACAUGAAGAAAGUCCAGUGCAAAGAGGGCCUUGACAUCUACAAGAAAUUCCUUACACGAAUGACAAGAAUCUCAGAGUUCCUCAAAGUUGCAGAGCAAGUGGGAAUUGAUCGAGGGGACAUCCCAGAUCUGUCUCAGGCCCCCAGCAGCCUGCUGGAUGCCCUGGAGCAGCACUUGGCCUCUUUAGAGGGAAAGAAAGUCAAAGACUCAACAGCGGCCAGCAGGGCUAGCACCCUCUCCAAUGCUGUUUCCUCCCUGGCCAACACCGGCAUAUCUUUCACCAAAGUGGACGAGAGGGAAAAACAAGCAGCCCUGGAGGAAGAGCAGAGUCGCCUAAAAGCACUAAAAGAGCAGCGUCUGAAAGAGCUUCAGAAGAACCCUGCUGCAGCAACCACAGACUCCUCCCCCAUCUCUACAAUUGGGGGGACCAUCAACUCGGCCCCUGCCAUUGACCUCUUCUCCACCCCCAGCUCCACUAACAGCACCUCUAAGGCAGCCAACGACCUGCUGGACCUGCAGCCAGCUUUCCAGCAGCCACUGCCUCUCUCCACCACCAACACAUGGGGAGACUCCUUCUGUGGGCCAAGCCCUUACACCACCACUGCUCUCUUCCAAUCUGAGCCCCCUGCUGUAGCUGGUCUAUUCAGAGCAGGGUUUACAGCCUCCCCAACGCCCCAGCAGCCACAGAACUCUCGAAGCCUUAACGUCGACUUUGACUCAGUGUUUGGCAACAACACCAAUGCCAACAACCUGGAUCCUACAGAUGUUUUAGGUGACAUCCUCAAACCUACAGUGGCAUCCUCACCCAAUCAGAGCAUGACCCCCAACGGCCAACAGUCUCACAAACUGGUGUCCAGCGACCUGGACUCCUCACUGGCCAACCUUGUUGGCAAUCUGGGGAUUGGCAACGGCACAGCAAAGAAUGAUCUUCACUGGAGUCAGCCAGGUGAGAAGAAGCUGACAGGUGGAAACAACUGGCAACCCAAGACCACUCCUUCCACCACCUGGAACCCUGCCACCAUGAACGGCAUGCAUUUCCCACAAUACGCACCAUCUGUCAUGGCCUUCCCUGCAACCACACCAACAGGCAUGAUGGCAUAUGCAAUGCCCCCUAACAUGGGCUCCAUGAUGAUGACACAGCCCACUAUGAUGUACACCCAACCGGUGAUGAGACCACCCAACCCCUUCGGCCCCAAUCCAGGCGCACAGAUGCAGUUUAUGUAACCUGAGGGGGAGCAUUGUUUCCCGUCUGAAGAUGAUAUACGACAAAGUCAACUAUCCAAGCAAACCUGCAGUUUGCUUCUAAUGAACUCACCUCUCUCUGAGAAUGAAAGGCCCAAAUAAAGACUUGUUGAAUAAAAUCACGGUGACUCAGAGCGGCUCCGGCCAUCUCAGAGAGGCAUCACAGUGGACAUUGUGCCCAUCUAGUCAUGUCUAAGUCAUGGAAGGAGAAGAAGAGUACGUGCUGCCAUUCAAAACCAUGUGGACAGGGAUCACUCAGCCCCUACUGUAUCCUGGACGAAGAGAGAAACAGAACACCCAAAGGGAGAACUUUUUCACAUCACUGUUUAUGAACCUGGAAAAAAAAAAACGAGAGUUGGGUUGUUGUCUCACAUGCACACUGCUUGAGUUGUCUUUUUUUGUUCCUCUUUGUCCAGGUGAGGCUGGGAGUCACUUCUUUUGAUUAUCAAUCAUGAUUACCUUCUUAAAGCAUCCUCAGAUUAGGAAACAGAUUUCAAACUCCAACUGUUUAUACCACACAUUUUUUGUUUUCUUUCUUUUUUUAUGUAUUGUUUGCAGUAGACAUUCCUUGUGUAUUGUUUGUAUUUAUUUAUGAUUACCUAAAGAGAGGAUGACAUUUAAAAAAAAAAAAAAAAAAAAAAAAAGGAAAUGUAACUAGUCAUUGACCUUCUCCUUGUGGAAGGUCUUCAGGUUUAUACAUAGGUAUGAUUGAUUGUAGAAUUGGAUUUUGAGUGAUUGAGAUGAUUUUUAAAAAAAAAAGAAGUUAAUAUAAAGUUUAAAGAGAUGACACAUUUUGCUGUUGGGGCACUAAAUAUUCUCUGUACUCGCAUGAUGCCUUGUACAGUUAUCUGUGACUCGAGGGGUCACACUAAGGGUGUGUAUGGACGUCAAAAUUCAUUAACGCCGUCAAUUCAGUGGGGUCGAUUUCUAUGAAUUUGGCGAGGGAACAUUUUUCACAUCAGCAAAAGCACUACAUUUUGUGAUCGAGGCAGCAUUGCAUUGGAAAGGAAUCUGCAUUUAUGCUUUUGAUGCUUUUGGCAUGCCGUUUAUUCUUACAUUUAACAAAGCUCCUGGCUGCCCUUUUUCAACCUGAAUGUGCAGGGUCUCUUUCAUGCUCAGAUCAUGUUUCCAUAGGCGAGCACUGGAGCGUUUAGGACAAUGUGGGGGCAUGGUGAGGCAUCGGGUGUAGGUUUGGGUCAAACUGGUAACAGAGGGGUGGGGUGGGUGUGGGGUGGGGGGCAGGAGCAGAGAGGUCCAGUUGUGCAGGAGAAUAGAGCGCUGUUGAUCGGUGCUUUGUGUAUAUAAAACUGAUCCUGCCAGUCACAGGAAUGGACGGGUGCAGGUAUGAAAGAUGACCUGAACAUGAAAGUGGCCCUUAAAUCCAUUAACUGAGCAUAUUUGCUGCAUUGUCCCUGCAGAUUAUAUUUUUGUUUGUUUGAUUUUUCCAAUAAAGUGCAAGCUUCCACAGUU